AACAGAUAUUGAAAGUUGUUUGCAGAAAAUUUUGUUUAACUUAUAUUUUAUAUUAAUUCGUGAAAUACUUUGGUACUCUGAAUAUUAACACAAACAGAUCGUUCAUUGCUCUCGUUAAAACAAUGGAAAACGUAAAUCAAACUGACGAUGCGAAGACCAUACAACUAUUAAGCAAAGGUAUAAUGAAGCUAUAUGAACCCCCUUUAGCGACAAUAAACACGCAUUUAAAGGAACUCACGGAAAGACAGGAAGCUGUCCACAGCACACUGACAUCGGAGAGGAGGCGGCUAGAAGACUUGCAGAACGAUGCUAUGGUUGAUGCACUGUUGGCGGACAUAGCAACGAAUAGGGAGCGACUGGUGACCAUCUCCAACUCCAUGAUGGGGUUGCACAAGAGAGUCCAGUCACUACAGGCGAGAGCGGCAGUGGUGGAAAAAGUGGCGAAAAAUCGAGCCAACCAAAAUAAACCGGCCGCCAGUUAG